AGUAUGGAGACGUCUGGGCUGUAUACAUCUUGCAAAUACUCCCUCAAUAUUCAUUUCAAUCUCAUUAUUCAGUGAGUUGUGUCUAUUCAUGAGUUCUCGUCUCAAGUGCACUCAAUUGCUGUACUAAUUGAUCUUGGUCGUCUGUUAAUGAGUGAUUCACCGUUUGGCAUAAUUUUGUCCUAAUCUACUUCAUAAAAAUUGUGGGAAAAUUGGGUGAAAAGUGCCGCGUUGAGUUCCGCAAAGCUGAUGGGUCUCUUAAGAUGUGUUAAGAGUCUGUGUCUUCGCUAAAGGGUUAAUCAAUUUAUUCCAAAUUUUGUACUGUCAGUUACUGAUUUAUAUGGAUAUUUUAUGAAUUAGCAAAUUGAUAUUAAUCUGCAAAUGCGAGGAAAACUUGAAGGAAAAUGCAUUCUCAUAACCUGGGAAUUAUUUUCUAUAAAUUUAUGCAUCAGAGCGAAUUGUGAGAGAAUUUAUGAGAGAACUUCUCAACUAGAAAUUCCUCACCCGCCACUGCUCGAUUAUGCCAACAAUUUAAUCAAGCAAUAAUUGCGAUCAUCUCGCGAGAGUGCCUCAAAACAUCCAUUCAUUCUCAUUCAUCGUCCAGUUGUGAAUUGUGUUCUCUCACGAGUGGAUUAAAAUUAAGAGUGUCUGUCGUUCUAUCACCUUGUUCUUCGUUCUCUCGUAUCUCACGUAUAAAACACCUGACCACCAUCAAAUUGUGCUAAUGAGAAGCUGCGUGUGUGAAGAAAACGAGUUCGCAAGUCAAUAGUUAUUGAGACAGCAGAGUGAUUAAGUGCCUAGAAUUUGUGAAUUCGUUCAAUUUAAAUUAUGAAUUGAAGUGUCUAUUGGAUAGAAAAAAAAACCACAUAGGAUUAAUGCAAUGUCCAUCCCAGUGCUUCUUCCAGUCCUCUUGGGGAUUUUUGUGACCCUCUGCCAAGCCUACGAUCAAGAUUAUAUACUCCACAGACCCCCAAUCUACCUGGAAUCUGAAGUUGGAUCCUACGUUGUCUUCAACUGUCGCCUGGACUUCCCCCUGGACACUCCAAUUCCCUACGUUCUUCACUGGUACAAAGACGGAAAGAACGUGUUUUCAUGGUACGAUGGCGUCCUCACAGCUGCCGAUAACUUUAUAGGGCGCAUCAAUCUCCUGGACAAUGAAUACGGCCUUGGAAAGGCUUCUGUGAAUCUCACAGCUCUCAGAGAAUCCGAUGGAGGUUGGUAUCAGUGUAGAGUGAUCUUCCCAAAUCGAACUCCCAGCACAAGAGGUAACGGAACAUGGUUCCACUUGACUGUCGACGGACGGCACAAUCUCCUCAAAGUCCCUCCCAUCAACCUAACAGUGAUGGAAGGUGAAGAUGCUUUCUUCCACUGUACCAUGAAGCAUCCCGAUACCUCGAAAGUAAUUUGGCGUCAAAGUGGAAUCCUUCUGAGUGAUUUGCCUCACGUCAAUAGUCGCUCGAAAGUCAUGCCGGAUGGUAACUUACUUAUCAGCCCAACAACCAUGACUGACAUUGGGGAGUACUUUUGUGAGAUCACAGAUGAACUCAGGAAUGAGAAACAGAUCGCUAGGGCUUAUCUCAACGUUCAGUAUAAAGCGAAGGUGAUCUAUGCUCCUCCAGAAGUAUACUUACCAUUUGGGCAGCAGGCCAUACUGGAUUGCCAUUUUCGUGCCAAUCCCCCGUUAACAAAUCUGCGUUGGGAGAAAGAUGGUUUCCUAUUUGAUCCCUACAAUGUUCAAGGUGUCUUUUACAAAAGAAACGGCAGCUUGUUCUUUAGCAAAGUGGAUGAUUCUCAUGCUGGAGUUUAUCAAUGCCAACCCUUCAAUGAUUUAGGCACUGAUGGGAAGAGUCCUUUGAUUAAAGUGGUAGUUCAGCAUCCCCCAAUUUUGACAAUGAAACCUAAGCCGGUCUAUAUUCACAAGCUAGGGGACAAUGUGGAGAUGUCUUGCGAUGCUAGGGACAUGAAAGGCCUUCACCGGCCUGUAAUCCAGUGGACAAGAAAAGACGGUUUACCCCUGCCUUACGAUCGCUAUUCGACCCAUGGAGGAAAUUUGACCCUUGAGAAGAUUGUUGAGAGCGACAGGGGAAUCUAUCAGUGUUCUGUUACAAACGAGGCAGCAACGGUGACGGCAGAUACGGAACUUUUGAUCGAGAGCGUCGCUCCUCGACCCCCCUUCAACUUAACCGCAAACAGCACAGAUACCAGAAUUACUCUCAAAUGGAUUCCGGGAAGCGUAGCCAGACCGAGUAUAACUUAUAUAAUAUGGUAUCGACUUGCUGAGGCUCCAGAAUGGAGAACGCUGAAAGUGCCUUCGAGAAGCUCAAUGGAAGCUACGGUGAGCAAUUUAGAGCCUGGAAAGGAGUACGAAUUUAUGGUGCUGGGCCAGGAUAGCUAUGGAGAUGGAAUCUUCAGCAAAGCCUUUCGGUAUUUUACAAAACCCCGAGAUUUCAAGGAUGCUCAGCAAUAUCGUGAUCCCAUUCAACAAUUCGCUCAAAUUGGUCCUCCUCGCAACUUAAGUGUUGACCAGACUCCCGAUGGCAAUUACUUGGUCACAUGGGACCCUCCGGAGUACGGCAAAGAAUUGCUGAGGAUCUAUCUUGUUCGUUGGUGGCUUGAGCCAAAACAUACCCUCCAUGGAACGGCAGAGACGCGGCAGACGCAGUAUCUGGUGAGUCAGUUGGAUGAGGAUGAACUAUACAUCUUCCAGGUAUUCUCACUCUCAACUACGGACUACGAGGCUGGCAGCAAUGAAUACGAAAUUUAUGUGCCACCCUACAGAAGGAUGCGAGCCAUUGCAAUUGGAACAGCAUCGGGGCUAAUGUUCCUGCUGGUGGCUCUCCUGGUCUUUGUCUACAUGCGCCGGAAGUGGUUCCGCAGCAUCCAUGGCAGCACGGAAAAGAUUGGUCACUGAAAAUUUUCCAAAUCUCUGGUGAAAGCACUUCUUCAUAUUUUGCAACCAUUUCAGCACAAAAAAAUUCGAGCAAAAGAAUAAAUUGCUCUAACGAACCCUGGAAAUUUAAACAAUAAAAAAAGUCGUACAAUGAACUAGCAAUUUGUGGUUAGUGCUAGAGGUACAGAGCAAAAUCAUUUUUCCAACUUCUCUCAUUCUCUUUCACAACACGUCGACUAAAGUCUCACUUUUUUUCUUCAUGUUUCAAAUCAUUGAAUUACCAUGGAGUUCUUUUUUUUGUACCAAUGUAAUUUGUAAGAUGGUGAAUUAAUUUUAAGACGAGCGAUGAAUUUGCAAAUUUUAAUAAAGUUCAAAGUCUAAAGAUAACUUUUCAUAUAUCUUCUCUCUACAUUGUUGUUCUGUGUUAAAACUUUCUGGAUAAAUUCAAUUUAACACCAAUCAUCAUCUUGAGAUGUUAAUCAAGUGAGACAAGAAAUUAUGCUUUUUUUCCAGGAAUCACUCAGUUGAUGGAGUAACCAUUAGAUACUAGAUGGAAAAAUAAUAUGUUUUAGCGAUUGUAUGACAAUUUUCCAUCUAAUAAACUAGACUAAACCACUAAA